GCUCUCGUGUUGGACUCGCGCUCGACGCUUGUCAAAAUGUAAACUGACUUUUCGAUACGAAUUUUGAACGAUUUGGUCGGGUAAAGUCAGUUGGACUAACCUUUUUAAAUAUCGAAGUACGCGUGAAUUCGUUUCGCGAAUUCGGACGGGCGUAUUUUCGUCCUUGCAGCCGGGAACUGUGAAGACUGUGCAAACCUUAAGUGUUGUGGAGUCAGUGCAUAUCAGCUCGGUGUGGUGGAAUUGGAGCAUGUGUUUUGUGGAAAGUGUUAAUUGUGAGCUCGAGACUUGGGAUACGUUUCACUGAACGCGAGACAAAAAGCUGUUUUGUGAUCCAAUUCACGUGAAUGCUGGAGUAUUGAUACACCGUGCUUUCCCCCCUUACUACGGAUUGAUUUAUGGCGCGGCCGGGCAGCCGCCGCAACAGGCAGGGCCACGCCGCCAGCGCACACACAACAUGUGACCACCGACCGACGCGUCUCGACGACACUGCGAAUAUUCAUGAAUCCCACAAGAUUACAUGAUCACGCACCUAUUUAUUCUACUUAAUUUUAAUAUAAACGAAUCUAGUCGCCAUAACACUUUUAACACGAAGCAAUUUAGACUGUAAUGAUAAGAGGAUUUGAAUAUCAAUUUUUAAACUAGUACAAAGAUUAAGGAAUUGAUGAGACAGUACAAAGAGGGAAAGCUAAUGUUGAUUUAAGAAUAAAUUGAUUCAUUUAGAAGUUCCCUAAGGAUUAUUCAGAAUGUCUGCAAGUUUCGAGCACUCCGCGAUGAAGAGCAGCUUCUCUUUGUCGUCGCUGCGCAGUGCGCCCGCGCCGCCCGCGCGCGCCGACCACCUGGAGCGCCCCUAUCACAGCCUCACCAAAAAGAGAAAGGAGCCGUGUCGCGAGGCGUGGCGCAGGAGCUGGGGCUCGGCGGCCAGCGGCAGCGCCGGCGACGACCUGUGGCCGCUGCUGCAGCACCACUACGACUACAUCAUGGACAACCACCUCAUCGACACCUGCAAGGUUAGCUACUGUAAUACGAGGAGCCGUGUCGCGAGGAGUGGCGCAGGAGCUGGCGCUCGGCGGCCAGUGGCAGCGCCGGCGACGACCUGUGGCCGCUGCUGCAGCACCACUACGACUACAUCAUGGACAACCACCUCAUCGACACCUGCAAGGUUAGCUACUGUAAUACGAGGAGCCGUGUCGCGAGGAGUGGCGCAGGAGCUGGCGCUCGGCGGCCAGUGGCAGCGCCGGCGACGACCUGUGGCCGCUGCUGCAGCACCACUACGACUACAUCAUGGACAACCAUCUCAUCGACACCUGCAAGGUUAGCUAC